AUGGGCGUUAAACAUCUUUGGUCAAUUUUAGAACCAGCAUGUAAACAAGGCUCAUACGAGGAUUUAGCAGGAAAAACUGCUGCAGUUGAUUUAAGCAUUUGGAUUAUCGAAUCGCGGUCGGUGUCAACAUCAAAUCAUCGAAAUUCACUACAUUUAAGGACAUUAUUUUUCCGUGUAUUAAAUAUGAUUUAUUUCAAUAUUAAACCUAUAUUUGUUCUUGAUUCAACCAAGAUAACUGAAUUAAAAUUAGAUGUUGUUGCCAAGCGAUCCGGAUCGACACAUACACAAACGACUAAAACUCGUUCGACUUUUGACGUACUUGUUAAUGAAUGUAAAGACUUACUCACGUAUCUUGGCCUACCGAUUAUACGAGCUGAUGGUGAAGCGGAAAAAUUGUGUGCACAAUUAAAUCGAAUGAAUAUCGUUGAUGUUGUUAUUAGUAAUGAUAGUGAUUGUUUUGUUUAUGGUGCUAAGACAAUAAUUCGAAACUUCGGCAUCGAUAUGAAGUCAAUUUCAUUUGAUAUUUAUGAUCGACAUGAAAUCGAAUCGAAUUGUCAUCUUGAUCAACGUUCUCUACUUGCACUUGCAUUAAUUCUUGGCUCCGAUUACGAUAGUCAAGGUAUUCAAGGUAUUGGCCGAGGAAAUGCUUUAAAAUUUCUUCAGUCUAUACCAGCAAAUACGGAUCCGGUUGAUUAUAUACGUACAGUUCUAUUACGCAAUAAUCCACAAAAUAAAUAUGAGCAAAAAAUUUUAAACGUAUUAAAAGAUAAUAAGAAAAAUUUAAAGCAUUUUGAUAAAAUUAUCAAUGAAUAUUCAUCAUUAGAAUUAGAUAAUUUACCUCUUGUUGCAUCAAUAGCAUCAAUUAAAUGGUUGAAACCAGUACAACUGAAAGAACUUCAAUCAUAUAUGAAAAAGAAAUUGGAUUGGAUUGAAUCUUAUACAUUUAUUAAGGUUUUCCCGUUAUUAACUCGUUUUCAAAUUCUCUACCAUCUUAAUAUGCUUGAACUUGACGUUCAUGAUACACUUUCCUUAUCCGACACAAUCAAAUUUCAGCCGAUCUCUAUAAAAAGAAUUCGCAUUCGGCAAUCCAAACAAUAUUAUGAAAUCGAAUGGAAAAAAAAUGAACUGCCAUCCAUGGAAGCAGUUGAAGAUCAAAUAGCUAAUCUAUCAAUUAUGGCAGUCGAUAAUGUUGAUGAUGAAGAAGACGAAAAAUUAAUCACUAUUGAACCGGCUGAUCUAUUUCGUCAUGCUUAUCCUGACAUCGUUAAUACAUUUGAAGCACCUGCAUCGAAAUCUAAAAAACCUAGGAAACCAGCAGCCGCAAUACUUAAUAAUGAGAAUAAGCCAACAAUAAAGAAGAAAAAGAUGAAACAACCAUCAGCAGCAGCAGUUGCAGCAUCAACGUCAAUGUCUCUAGACCUUUUAAGUAUGAUUGAAAACGAAACAUGUGAAAUUCCCAUAACGAAAACAAUAGCGAAAAAGAAAAUUUCUAAAUUUAAUCAUCGGCCAACAAUGGCUGCAUUAUCAACAUCAAUUAAUAUUGAUGUUCUUAGUGCAAUACACAAAUCCAUUGGAAAUCUAAGUGCAUUAAAAAAAUCAAAGUCCCGGCCAAUUAAACAUCAUACUCAAUCAGAUAUGGUUAUUCAUACUCAAAAGCCUGUCACUUUAUUAAAUACAUCAUUGUCGCUUGAUGUAUUAGAUAUUCUCCUACGUGAAAAACAGCAACUUAAUGAUGACAAUUGUGAAAUAACAGAUAUAUUUAUAAAAAAGCCUUUGAAACAGAAACAAAAUAAAAACACCAAUAAUAUAUUUCAAUUAUCAUCAUCAGAUAAUACGGAUGGUGAUGAUGAUGAUGAUGAUAAUAAUGUUUUGCCUCUUCCACUUUGGGAUCGAAUUCGACAACGAACUGCUGUUUAA